AGAGCCAGUGCCUGUAUUUCAAAAAGGGACUUGUUUGUAUUGAAUUCAGUUAAGUGUUUGUUGUGAAUAUGCUGAUUCUGUUAACUUUUUGGAGCCUACAGUUGUACUUUUUCAUUUUUAAUGCACUGUUUGUCGAAUAGGGGUUCUUUUAUUUAUUGUUUUGGUUAACUCUGUGCCCUGUGGUUCACGUUCUCUGGUAAUAUUCUGAGAGAAAGAAAGAGGGGGUGUGUGAGAGAGAGCGCGAGUGAGUGAGUGAAAGAGUGAGAGAGAGAGAGAGAGAGAGAAAACUCUGAGCCACAGCAGCUGGUUUUCAGGUUUUGAGUUUUGACAGCCGUGACUGAGCAGCCACUGUUCGUCCCAGCCUGUAAGAGGUCACUCAGUACCUCUGGCUGGAGGAGAGAGACUGUAAGAUACCCAAUGGGACAAGAAAGGGUUUAAGCAGCCCGGGGGACACCGUCAGGACACCGGUGAACAGAAUUUGGCACCAUGAAUCGCAAGGAGUCAAAAAGCAGCAGGAAGUCCCGUCCGGAGGGAGGAAGUGUGAUAAAGAGCAGAAGACCAGUGCAGAGGAGGAUGACAUGCCCCAGUCCUCAGGAGAUCAGCCGGGCUCUUCAAAGUCCACCGGCUCACGCUUCUUUCCGCUCUGCCAGUCUGGAUGAGCUCAUCCUCCGCUGCCUCCACUGCUUCGACUCGGAUGGGAAGCUGAUCAGAGGGACGCAGCUUGUCCAUAUGACCCUGAUGAUGCAUAACUGGGUCGUGCCAUCACACAUCUUCGCCCAAAAGCUGCUUUCUCUAUAUAAGGAUUGUCCUGCAGAGAAAAGGGGACAGAGGCGGCCACAAAUCUGCCACUUUAUCAGGCAGUGGAUUAAUCAGUUCCGAAUCAUGUUUGAGGUGAAUCCUCUGUUGGAAGAAGUGAUGGGAGAUCUCUGGGAUCUGGUCAGGGUUGAGGGAACCGAUUCACACUAUCAGCUCUUCAAUACGCAAUACAUUAAUCCUCCAGUGAAUAUUUCCCAGUCUCCCUCUCCCUCUGUGAAGAAAAGGAAAGUUUCACUGCUGUUUGACCACAUGGAACCAGAUGAGAUGGCUGGACACCUCAGCUACUUGGAGUUCAAAAACUUCUGCAACGUCUCAUUUCUGGACUACCGCAGUUACGUGGUCCAUGGCUCGGUGAGAGAUAAUCCGGCGCUUGAGCGCUCUGUCAUGCUCUGCAACGGAGUCUCCCAGUGGGUCCAGCUCAUGAUCCUCAACAAACACACCUCACAGCAGCGAGCAGAGGUCUUCACCAAGUUCAUUCAUGUAGCACAGAAGCUGAGAGCCCUACAGAAUUUCAAUACUCUGAUGGCGGUGAUAGGAGGUUUGUGUCACAGUUCCAUCUCACGUCUCAAAGAUACAGCCAGCCUGCUGUCCUCCGAUGUCACAAAGACUCUCAGUGAGCUCACCGAGCUCCUGUCGUCCUACAGUAACUAUUCAAACUACAGACGUGUGUACAACGAAUGCACUGGAUUCAAGGUACCCAUCUUGGGCGUUCAUCUCAAAGACCUGAUCUCCCUCAACGAGGCGCUGCCAGACUACCUUGAGGACGAUAAGAUCAACCUGGGGAAGCUGCAGCAUUUAUACAGCAACAUUAGCGACUUGUUGGCCAUCCAUGACUGCACCCCACCGUUUGAGGCCAACAAAGACCUGCUGCACCUGCUAACGCUCUCGCUAGACUUGUGUUACACGGAGGACGAGAUAUAUGAGCUGUCCUACACCAAGGAGCCCAAGAACCCCAAAAUUCAGCCCGUAGCCCCUGUGAAGCCCCCAGUGGUAGCCGAGUGGGGAUCUGGAGUGACUCCGCGUCUGGAUCCCGCCACCAUCUCGAAACACGUUAAACAGAUGGUGGAUUCUAUCAUGAAGAAUUAUGAUUUGAACAUGGACGGCUACAUUUCUCUGGAGGACUUUGAGAAGAUCGCUGCAAAUUUCCCCUUCUCUUUCUGCACGCACGAGAGCGAUAGGGAAGGAGAGAUCAGUAGAGAGGAAAUCACUUCAUAUUUCAUGCGUGGGAUGUCCGUGUGUGCCAAGCUCGGCUUUAAUCUCCACAACCUCCACAACUUCCAUGAGACCACGUACAAAAGGCCCACAUUCUGUGACGCCUGCGGAGGAUUUUUAUGGGGAGUCAUAAAGCAAGGCUAUCACUGCAAAGACUGUGGAGUAAACUGUCAUAAGCACUGUAAGGAUGUAGUGGGAAUGGAGUGUAUGAAGAGGUUCCAGGUGACCAGUAGUUCUUGUCCCUGCACCCCGGGCCCCAUAUCAGGCCUCCACACUAAGGGCAGCAGUUGGAGUUCUGAAGAGGAAGCUUUUGUCUUUCCUAAUGGGAACGGAUCGGAACACUCGAAGGGCCAAACUUCAUCAGACAGCGACGCAGAGGCGGCCACACUAUCCGACAGGUCCACUCAGACGGACCCUGGAGUUUGGACACCGGUGGCCAAAAGGAAAGAACGCGUUUCUUCCCAGAAAAAACAUCCACCCCUAGAAAAGAGCGCUACGCUACCAGCAAGGGUGCGAGGUUCAUCUGCCCCUAGUUCUCUCCUACUACAGGAGAAAAUGGAUGAACUGAAGCUGCGCAAAGAUAAACGAAAGGAACCAGACUGAGCUAGACUGUGCAUGUGGCCGCUUGUUUGUGUGUGGUGGAACUGUUAAAUACACUGGACAGAAAAAAGACUGAAGAGCAUGUCCUCAUCUUUCUCGUCAACUGUCUUGUUCUAUUGUCUUCAACAGAUUGUUCAUGACGUUCAUUAAAUGUGAUGAAAUUCUACCCGGAAGGGAUUUUAUUUAAGGAAUUACAGAUGGUCCCCUCCCUUGGGGCUCUUUAAAACCCUGACGGUGGAUCCGUAUGGUAAGAACUCUCUAUGCACCAGCGUCUACUGCCAGUGAAGACGAGACUUCACAUCUCCACAAGCGCUCAAAGGUGGACUGCUACUGUACUUCAUCGAUCUCACUACUACUCUCAGUCUUUAUACAAGACAGACGGACUUUCUUAACCUUUUGUCACGAAGAACAAGGUUCGGUUGUUUAAUUGAGUCUAAAACUGUUGCCUUAAUAUUCACACUGAUGGAAAAUAUACACUGUGACCAACUGUAUUGAACUUGAACAGCAAGAAUGUACCUCCUCAGUUAAGGAACAUGAUUUCGGUGCUGAUAUAAUACCCACAAUGCAUCACUGUGCCUUAUGUAAUGAACAAUUUGUCAAGUAGGAGACAAAGGGUAUUAUAUCACUGUUUAUAUCAGACAAUAGUCCUGUCUCAGUUCAAAAUGAUCACAAUCUGCUUUAUUAGUGCUCGUGUCCAUUCAGUGUAUUAGAGCAUGAGCAUUAAUGAAUAAAAGAGCGGGAGAGCGACAUUAGGGGUCAAUUCAAACAAACACUGUGGACCUAUUUGAAAUUGUUUUUCUAAUAUGUUUUCUGUUAGAUCUUUUGUCAUCUCCAACUUGAAUGUCUGUUUUACUAAAUCUUGAGUGUAGGCUAUAGAUUUUUAUUUAUUGAGGAAUGAUAAAGCUUAAGUAUUUUCCAUAAUAAAGCACUGCCUGAUGUGAUUAAAAUAUAAAUGAAAACGUGAUCGAGAUGUUUCACUGCUUUCAUGAGUCUGGUUAUAACAUCAUGUUUGAAUUAAAUCAUCGUCAGAGUC